AUGGCUUCUAAAUCUUUUGACAAGACCAAGGUGGAGCAUGGGGAUGACAUCCACGACGUUGAUGUGGUUGUUCAGCUUGCCCACGAUGUUGAGAACCAGGACCUUUCGCCGUGGACUCCUCGCAUGUUUCGGCUUUACUUGGUUCUUGGUUGCGCCUAUCUCUGUGGCUGUCUGAAUGGCUAUGAUGGAUCGCUCAUGGGUGGUCUGAAUGGAAUGGUGUCCUAUCAGGAUUACUUCGGAAUGUCUAUGGAGGGCUCUACCACCGGCAUCAUCUUUGCCAUGUACAACAUCGGCUCUGUCGCCGCCGUCUUCUUUACAGGUCCCGUGAACGACUACUUUGGUAGACGUUGGGGCAUGUUUACAGGAGCUGCCAUCGUCAUUAUCGGCACAGUUGUGCAGGCGACUUCGGCAGGCCGUGGCCAGUUCCUCGGUGGACGCUUCGUUCUGGGCUUUGGCGUCAGCUUCUGCUGUGUCUCUGCGCCCUGCUAUGUCAGUGAGAUGGCUCAUCCCAAGUGGCGAGGCACCUUGACGGGUCUGUACAACUGUACCUGGUACAUUGGCAGCAUCAUCGCCAGUUGGGUCGUUUACGGAUGCAGCUUCAUCGACAGUAACUCGGCCUGGCGCAUUCCCAUCUGGUGCCAGAUGAUCACCUCCGGUAUCGUUGUUAUUGGCGUCUUUUUCUUGCCCGAGUCGCCUCGUUGGCUCAUGGCUCAGGAUAAGCACAAUGAGGCUGUCAAGGUGCUUGCUACCUAUCACGGCGAGGGAGAUGAGAACCACCCCAUGGUUCAGCUUCAGAUGAAGGAGAUGAUGUCGCAGAUUUCGGCCGAAGCGACCGACAAGAAGUGGUGGGACUACAGUGGACUCUGGAACACGCAUAGUGCUCGACGCAGACUCAUCUGUGUUCUUGGAAUGGCCGUCUUUGGACAAAUCAGUGGAAACAGCUUGAGCUCGUACUACAUGCCCGUCAUGCUUAAGCACGCCGGCAUCACCCAGCAACACAAGAGGCUGGCUCUGAACGGCAUCAAUCCCGUUCUCUGCUUCUUUGGCGCUAUUCUCGGAGCCCGACUUACAGACGUUAUCGGACGACGCCCUCUCCUGCUGUACUCGAUCGUGUUUUGCUCAUGCUGCUUCGCCAUCAUCACAGGCACCAGCAAGCUCUCUCUCGACGAGCCGAAGAACACGAACGCCGCCAACGGAACCGUGGCCAUGAUCUUCAUCUUUGGCAUCGUCUUCUCCUUCGGUUGGACGCCCCUUCAGUCUGCAUACAUUGCAGAGUGCUUGUCCACCGACAUCCGCGCCAAGGGCACAGCUAUUGGCAACUUUGCCAGCUCCCUGGCCUCGGCGGUCAUCCAGUACAGCAGCGCUCCUGCCUUCCAGCACAUCAAGUACUACUUCUACCUGGUCUUUGUGUUCUGGGAUCUCUUUGAGGCGGUCUUUAUCUACUUCUUCUUCCCCGAGACCAAGGAUCGUACUCUGGAGGAGCUGUCUGAAGUGUUUGAGGCGCCGAACCCGGUCCACAAGAGUCUGGAGAAGAGGGAUGCUACGACUGUCAUGAAUACGCUCAAUCUUACUGGACAUGGCAAGCUUGAGGCUUAA